AUGGUCGAGACGAGCAGCGGCACGAGAGCGGCUGGCGAGGUGCCCGAGGAGGACGCGGCCCUGAGAAGACAACACGGCAGCUACGCCCAGGCGGCCAACGGGUCGGUAGUAGCAAAGUACACGCCUACCGAAACAAGAACCCACCGAUUCCCCAAGGAUGUGAUCCAGCUGGUCGCGUAUGACGUGGGCUUUGCCGCCUUGUUAGCCACCGGCAACGUGUGGACUUGGGGCGACGACAGAUAUCCAGGCUGCCUGGCUCGGCCUGUCACCAACAGUCAAUGCUCCCAAACCCCCGGCCUUGUGACCGACCUAGAGGACUUGCCGACUGGCAAGAUAAAGAGGAUCGCCGCAGGUGGCUACCUCCUCGCUGCCCUGACGACUGGUGGCGACCUUUACUGCUGGGGCGGACAUCCCGGCAGGAAGGCCAUCAUAGGCGACAGCAGCGAAGACAUGCUGUCAGGCCCGGUCCCCGUAGUGGUGGACGAAGACGCCGACGUGACCGACGUUGCCGUUGGAGAGUCGCACCUGAUAGUACUCACCGAUCGAGCCGACGUAUUUGUUAUCGGUGAGAAUAGCAAUGGCCAGUUGGGCCUGGGGAAGGAUAGGUCGGUUUCGGCCAGGUCCUGGACGAGGGUCGAGCUGCCACAGCCCCUCCCACAGGUGCGGGAAAUCGUUGGCGUUGCCGCUGGGCCCAGGUGCUCAUUCAUCAAGAGGAGGAGCAAGUAG